AUGUCGGAGACAAGUUUACCUGCGAGCAACGUAUCAUUAGAAGAUUGCAAUCACCUUAGCUACGCGGCCUGGCAGCCGGGGUACCUCACAGGGGGUGUUCACCACAACCUAAUCGCUGUCAUCUGCAUUAAUUCUAUCUCAGCCAUUGCAGCCAUCCUGUCAAAUGCAUUGGUCGUCGCAGUCAUAGCGACGAAACAACAGCUAAGAACUCUCUACAACAUUCUCCUUGCGUGUAUGGGGGCAACGGAUUUAUUGGUUGGCAUGUUGGUACAACCCUUGUUCGUGGUGUCAGAAAUCAAGCACUUGAACGGUUUCGCACCGUUUUGCGCGCUUGACACUGUAGUUUCGGUGACUUCCUAUGGAUUUUGCCUCGCGUCGGUUGGCCAUCUCGUCUUAAUCAGCGUCGAACGCUACGUCUUCAUAAAGCUGCCCCUCAGAUACGAAGAAAUUGCCACGGAGAACAGAAUGAUAGUUGGUGUUCUAACGGUCUGGGUCGUGUCAGCAUCGUUUUCAAUCACGAUGAUAAUGAUGGCCUCUACGAAUGAGUUAGCAGAGAACCAGCCGUUACUAACCAUCUUCGAACUGCUGACAGCCUUUAUCGUUUUUGUUUACAUUGCUGUCAUUGUAUACACUUGCGUGGUAGUCUUACUGGAGUCCCAAAGGCAAAAGCGCCGUAUGCAGACCCACCAGUUGUCCGCGGAGGAGACCCAGCAACUGAGGAAGAAUCACAAGGCAGCUUAUACCUUUACAAUCAUUGUAACAGGGCUACUGUUCUCGUACAUGCCCACACUUGUGCUUAAUAUAUACGCAGCUAUAUCAAAUGAUUGGGUGGAGCCUCACUUAUUGUACGUUAUCUCAUCAUGGUCUUUCACGUCUGUCUUGCUAGGCUCGCUUCUUAACCCCUUGAUUUACUUCUGGCGAAUUGCAACACUUCGCCGUGCGUUUCUCGACUUCAUGCAUAUUGGCACGGUACGUCCCCAGCAGGAUAAUCAACCACACCUUUCCAGAGAAGCUUGGUCGGUAGCCAAUACUAACUAA